CGCAUCCGCAGCGUCAUCAAGCAGCAGGGCGGCCCCACUAAGACCCACAAGCUGGAGAAGCUGAUGAUCCGCCUGGGCCUCUUCACAGUGCUCUACACUGUGCCAGCAGCCAGCGUGGUCGCCUGCCUCUUCUACGAGCAGCACAACCGGCCCCGCUGGGAGGCCACACACAACUGCCCCUGCCUCCGUGACCAGCAGCCUGAUCAGGCCCGCCGCCCAGACUAUGCUGUCUUCAUGCUCAAGUACUUCAUGUGCCUGGUGGUGGGCAUCACCUCUGGCGUGUGGGUCUGGUCCGGCAAGACUCUCGAGUCCUGGAGGGCCCUCUGCACCCGCUGCUGCUGGGCCAGCAAAGGUGAUGCUGUGGCAGGGGGCACAGGGGCAGGCACAGGCGUGCAGGCCGCAAUUGCCGCAGCAGGAGGACUUGGGGCCGGAGGCGGUGGCUCUCUCUAUAGCGACGUCAGCACCGGUCUAACGUGGAGGUCGGGCACUGCCAGCUCUGUCUCCUACCCCAAGCAGAUGCCCCUGUCUCAAGUGUGAGGAGGAGGAAAGAGGCCAAAGGUUAGGGAAUGAGGGACACUGGCCUGCCUGAAAUGCCCCCUCACUGUUUGGUGCCAUUAAUGAACCCCUAAUGGUCCCUAUUAGCCACAGCUUGUAUAGAACAAUGCAGCUGGCAGAGGCCCCAGGCUCCAGCCCCCUCCUCCUUCCCCGCCAUUCAAGUGCAGGGAGCAUGUACUUCAAGGAGCCAGCUUAUUAUUUUGCUGGCAGAGGAGGGUAGAGGCUCACCCGUGUCUUGCAGAGGGCAAGGCAAAGCAGCUUCUGAUUCACUCUGGACUAACAGCAACUCUUCAGUCAUGGUAGGGAAGGUCUUCCUCCCUCCCAUGGUGAGGCAGGAGUGCUGGGACUGCAGGUUUUUGGGAUGUUAAUGACCGGGCAAAUGCCUUAUUAUACAGACUGAAUCAAAACAUGUCUUAAUUAUCCACCCCAGAUAAAUACGGGUUUCCUACAUUAAAGGAUGUAUUUAUAUAAUUAUUUGUUACCUUGUACAGAUGUGUAAAAUAUGUAUAUAUCCAAAGCUAUACAGUCUGUAAAUUUUUUUGUAAAAAAGUUUAGAGGCUACCCCUGUAAGAGCAAAUAUGAGUAUUCUAUUUUGUCAAUAAAAUGACUUUUGAUAAUUGA